AUGGAUACCUUGCUGUGCGAGGGCAGCGAUGGCACAUGGUGGACUGGCCUGGUGAUGGCGCAGCAAGGUGCGCUUUCUACGGUGGCACACCAUCAAAUGGUGCUGUGGGGAGGUCCUUCAAUUGAGGAGGACCGAAAGGUGGCGGUGUAUGAUGCACGAGUUGCUCAAAAUGAAGGGCACUACGUGCUGAACUUUGACAUGUACACGAAGGUGGUCUACCUCCCGGCCGAUGAGGAGACAGACAUGAUGACCUUCAAGGAGGUGACAUGUGGCAUUGGAGGAAUUGGAUAUGCAGGCAAAUUCCUUGGUAUGAGGUGCCUGGCCAUGCUUGACGUCAAUGGCAUGGUUUGUCAGACGCUUGAAGCGAAUGGUCACCUAGACAUCAUUCAAGGUGACAUCAGUGAUGCACAGGUGCGCCACCAGGUACAUCAAUGUCACAGGGCAACCAGGGGAUGGAUCUUCAGUGGAUUCCCAUGCCAACCUCUCUCAACGCAGGGGGACAUGCUAGGAGCACAAGAUCACCGAGCUGAUGUCUUCAAGAAUGUGGUGAAAUUAGCAUGGGAACAACAAGCCGGCGGACUGCUGCUUGAGUGCGUGCCAGGUGCUUUGCAGGCAUCUUACAUCCAACAUGAGCUGCAACGCCUUGGAUGGAGUCUCAACAUGGAGAUCAAGCAACGCCUAUUGCACUUGCACGCGAUCUGGCCAUGCAGACGGUCCAGGUGGUGGGCAUUGAUGAUUCCCACCAAGUACCAGUUGUAUGACAUUGGCAAUCUCCCAAGCGCUGAGCCCUAUCCUGAUAUGAAUCACAUCUUUGCCAGAUGGCCAAUUUGGAGCGAUGACGUUGAAGCGGAGCUCCAAUUGAGUGAGGAUGAAUUGACUCUGUUCAACAACAAGGCCUAUGGUCGUGAUGAACGUCAUCUUCGCAUUGAUCGUCCAGCUCCAUGCAUUCUUCAUUCCUAUGGCUCUGUCUUACGAGAAUGUCCAUGUGGAUGCAGGAGCAAAUUCUCGCUCAGGCGAUUACAGCGUGAUGGCAUCAGAGGCUAUUAUGUGAUUGGCUGCAAUGGGAAGGAGCGCUACUUGCAUGUGGCAGAGGCGGCAUACCUAUGCACUCUUCCUCCCAGCAUUGUAUUUCCUCAUGGACCUCGUGAUUCUCUUUGCUUGGUAGGGCAAUGUGCAGCUCCUCUACAGGCAUUGUGGAUGUUGGGCAACUUCAUGGAACAUAUUGGCUGCAAUGUUCAUGGCACGGCGCUCACCGCACUGCAGAACUACCAGACCUAUUUGUUUCGAGAUGCACAUGGAAUUUUUGCGUUUGAGAACCUGAAGCAUGCAACCCUUCUUCAUGGUCAUCCUGAUGAAGCUCCACUGAGUCUUCUGGUUGCGCCAGGACAAAAGGUGGAGGACUGGAUCCAUGCGGAGUACAAAUGGCAAGCUCCAGGGCAUGUUCUUCACUUGCAGGAUGAGUUGGGCAAUUUGCCAGCUCAUCAUUUCAUCCAGCGUGCUUCCAUUGCUGGACAAUAUCACAUGGUGAACCGACCCAAAAAGCAGAGGAAGACCAUGAAAGCGGAGAACAUUCGCAUUGCCUUCCUUCAAAUUGAUGGGGAGGAAUUCACCAUCCAAGAAGGCUUUUUCUCAGUGGGCACCUUUGUUUUUGAGGCGGCAAGAAUUCUGAACAUUGAUGGAAGCAAUCAGCGCUUUCAAGAUGAACAUGGAAACCGUGUGGACCUGGACUCUCGCAUUUGGGAGAAUGUCAUGUUGAUGUGGCCAUCACUGCUGCAAGCGGAAGGGGCACAGACAACAGGUCUACCUGUUGGUGGACUCACUGAUCUAUGCCUUGAUAUGGCAGCGAACAUCCUCAUCAUGAUGGCUCAGAAGCAACGCACGCAUUACUGGAUGCCAGCGGCAUUGGCGACAGAAUGGUGUCUUCAACCUGAUGCUGAUGUACAUUUUGCUCAUUGGGCUUUGGCUGCUUUGCAUGGAAAGCUUUACAUGGCAAUUGCACAUGACAGACAUUGGAUGCUUCUGGAAUGCUAUCACCAAUAUGGAGUAUUACAUCUACGACACAUGGAUGGACAGGAGCAUUCCAGCAAAGUUGAUGUCUUGAGCUUUGCACGCAGGAUUGGACAUCUUUUGUCUGUCUCUCCGUGCUGUGUGACAAAGGUGCAGGUAUUUGUCCAGCACAGCAGUCAAACCUGUGGCACUUUGGCGAUUCUACAUCUUGGAGAAUGUCUGAAACUCUGGACGGAAAGAAAUCAUCCGGAUGAGAUCCAACUUCACAUGAACUUGGUCAAAAACUUCCCGCUCGGCACCAUCUUGGCCUUUGGCAAAGGCAUGGGACAAGAGGACACAGACAUCAUUUGGCCAUUGCGUGACAUCUUGAAAGCCAGAGGGGUACCAGAACAUCGUACAGAAGAACGUGCCCGAGCUGCGAUGGACAAGAUCGGAAAGAUGAAAUUGAAAGAAGCACUUGAAGCUCGCAAUCCCUGGCAGGCGCUCAAAGCACUGGGUUCCAUGCCAAAGAUCAACUUCAUGUUUGUCAAGGCAGAUGAACUGGAGGUUCAAAUUCGGCAGAAAGCUCAGUCCAAGUUCAAGGUGCAAGCAUCUGACAAGAAGGUCCAAGUGGUCAAACAAAAGCUUGAAGCUAGUGAUGUGGCGCCGGAUCAGUUGAAGUUGAUUGACGGAACAUUUGCUUUGAACAAUGGUGGAGAGGUCAAACAGCUGGCCAUGCAAGAUGUUGCAGCCCAUAGGGCUGGCAUUGCGUUUGCACAGGUGGCUGAGGUGAUGCCCUUCCUGAGGGAAGGAAAAUCCAUCUCAUUGGAUGGGCUGGCAGUACUCACCACCAGCAGGAUUCCUCCAUCUGAACAAGGUUUGUUGCCGGUUCUCAAUUUGAGAUAUCCUGCACUCUACAUUCCUACACAGGAACCUGUACUUCUUGAAGGCUCCUUGGUGAACCUGGGUGAUCUCACAGUGAUCAGGAAGCAGGAGAUGGAUGUCAUCGAGACACCAGCCAUCGAGACAGGGGUUCUGAAGCUGGCACAAUAUCGUGAUGAAUGGCCUGAUAGCUGGGAAACUUUGACCAAAGCCCCUUUGCGCACCAUUCUUCAGAAGCAUCCAGCAUUCACCUUAUGCAAUGGACAGAAAUGUGGCCCAGGAUGUGCAAAAUAUCAUGCUCCAGUUGAUGUGGAGCUUGAUUCAGUUGUUCUGGACGUUUGGGCACGAGCAUGGAUGACAUUGCGUGGGAGAAAAGUUGCCAGUGAAGAUGCCGAGAUUUUUCACGUUCUUCUUCGAGUACCAAUGACCCUCAUGAAGCCACUGCAAAGACUGAGCGGAACUAUGGGCCUCUACAUUGAACCUCGACAGACUGAGGGAAAAGGAGCUGAUACCGGAUCCACGGUUGUUUGGAUCCAGAAUGGAAGUCUUCCUGAAGCAAUUCACAAGCUGAAGAUCACAGAACAUGGGAUAGCGGUUGCGAGGUUCGGCAGCAGGUAUGGGGUGCGUGUCCCUACCAAGGAUGCUGAGAUGAUUCACACUCAGCUCAACCCGGAGGUACCGUUUGCCAAUUUUGAAGUGAACAAGAUCUAUGAGCUGCGUCCUCUACCACACGGCACUCAAAAACUUGGGGUCCUGUCCAUGUUGAAAGCAUGGGGGUGGAAAGCGCGUCCCCUCCAGCCAUGCAAGGCGGACUCCUUGGGUAUGGGGUGGCUUAUUGGAGCCACCGAUGAACCGCCAGCGAUGAUCAUGGCCACAAAUACAGGGGAUGUGAUGAUUUCAUUGCAUCGUGCUCAUGAUGGAGGAGAUGGUGGCGUGACCCUGACGAGUUCAGCCAAAACACAAGGACAUCUGCGCAGACAGCAGAAGGACCUCAAAGGUGAGACUCAGCAGACCAGGAGCAAGGCGGCCUCUGCUUCAAGCUAUGCAGGGCAUGCUGAGCCAGACCCUUGGAACCAACAUGAUCCCUGGCAGUCUUGGAAGGGCAACAAAGGAGACACGGCCAUGGAUGAUGAACCAAUGCAUGCCAAAGCUAUGGUUGAUUCCAUGGAGGAGCGGGUCACUCAGACUGUCCUGAGCACCACUGAGGAGAGAUUCCAGCGUUUGGAGGUGGACCUUGCGGAGAUCAAGAAUCAGAACCAGAAGCAUGAGCAGUGGUUCCAUGAUGCUGGCAAUGCAACCCAGCGUCUGCAGAAUCAAGUGGGUACUCUCACAACCCAAAUGGGACAGCAGCAGCAAGACGUGGCAGUUCUCUCUCAAGAGAUCAAGUCAGGCUUUCAGCUGAUGGAGUCCCUUUUAUCCAAGCGCCAGAAGGUGGACGAUUGCCUUGGAGAAGUUGACACUCAUGGCAAUGACAACCAUACACCAGCUGCCUAUGCGGGUUUGGGCAAUGGUGUGAACCGUUCCAAUGUCACUGCCUCGAAAGCGAUUGAAUUGUCCUUUACGGACCAUUUCCUUCAUGCAGUACGACUUCUAUCUACUGCACAGGAAGCCCAAGGAGGAGCACCAAUACCAGAUGCAGCAGAUGGAGGUGACGACUUGGAGAUGGAUGAGGCUUUUGAUCUUGAUCAUGACAAUCUUCAUGCGCUUCAAGACUAUCCAGGUGAUCAAAAUUGGUGGAUUUUUCGACCAGAUCCAGAUGCCACUGGUCGCCAGGAGGUCAUCAACAUGAGAGUCACUGCCGCAACGACCAUGGAGGUCAUUGAGAGGCAGUUGAUACAAAUUUGGCCGGAUCUUCGUCCUGGACGAGCAGACUGGGACAUUAUGACCACAUACUAUGCAGCAUUUGAUGCUCAAUCUCAUCCAGUUCAUGAUGGUGGCACAGCCUUUCUUGUACGUGCGCAAGCGGACUUGGGCGAUGGGAUCUUUCAGCGCUCUGUGGUUUUGCUCAGUCUCAGAACAUGGAAUUUGAGAAAUGGGCAUGCUUCCACUUCCAGUUUGAGGGCUUUCGUUUUGGACUCACAGGGAAUCAUUAGCGACCUGUUCCAGAAUGUUGAUUUCCAAGGAAGAUGUGAGCUCACGCCGUGUCCAGUGGAGCACAAUGGCCAGAUCAUUUCCCCUUGGAGGCAUGGACACCCUCUUUCGUUAGCAGAUGGCGAUUUCCUGCAACUUCAUGCAGUUAGCGAUGUGAACGGUAUCCUUCAUAUCACUGGGGCGCAAACAGGCUAUGGAGCACCUCAUUUUGAAGAAUUACCAGGGCAUUUUCAGCAGCUUACACUGCAAAGUAUGCAGGAUAGAGGGAUGGAACAUGAUGAAAUCAUCAUGAUGGUGUGCAAAUUUCAACAAAGCCUCACCUCAUGGGCAAGAGACAUCUACAGAUUCACCAACAUGCAAGAGGUAGCUAAGGAGCAGCUUGCCAUCUUUCUCCCUGAAUCAGAUGAUGUUGUCUUUUUGCGAUUUCUCUGGCGACAAAGACUGGAUGUGUACCGACUCUAUUAUGACAUCACACAAUACAUGCUUGAUGAUGAAGAGCAAGAUUGGAGUUUUGUACACAUUCGUCAUGCAGCCAGUUCGCAUUUGGAUGCACACGCACAACACCUGGGGAUUCGACUGGCCAGCCACACCUCACCCUAUGAACAGGAUGCUCUGUGCCUGAUAGAAAUCAGGGUCCAACAAGAUGCGCGAGGAACUUCAGCCUUCAUGGUAGCAGAGUUCAAAUCGCGAUUUCUGCCGUUACAGAUGAAUGAGCAGGACCUUUUUGCCAUUGUCAACCUGGAUGAACUUUGCUCAAUUGAGGAAUGUGUUGUGACGGUUGAUCAUUGGUAUGUACCACAUGGGGAGCGCGUACACGUGGAAGAAGGCAGUUUUCUCCAAGUUUUUGUUGGUAGUGACGAAUCUUCAGAAGAUGAAUUGGGCAACAUAGUUUGCAUGUCAGACGAACAAGCUGGAGUGAGACAGGUGCUUGCCACACAUGAGGCUUUUGACAUACUGCCAAUGGAUUCCUCCUCGGAUCAUGAUCUGAGUAUGAAUACUGAUGCUGGUUUCUCACAUGAACAGCGAGCCUUGCGAAGACUCCGGGAUACUUUGGUCUUUCUCUGGAACUUGUGGGGCAAUUAUUUUCAAGUAAGUGCUUUUCAUCAACAAGUUCGUCGGCUUGGGGAAGCGGAACAUCCAGGUCCUGACAUGUGGAUUGGCACAUCAAAUCCCAGUGGCCUUCGAGGCAAAGAGGAAUCCUACUUUGAACUCCCGGUAGGUGUCUGGGGCAUUUCAGAAAACCAUCUCACACACAUGAAUCAACGAGAUGCGAACAGUACUCUACGCAGACUUAGCCAUGAACAUGAUAGGUAUCUCCAUCUUGUUCAUGGUGCACCAGUUGGACCACGCACAGCCACAUCGCAAGCCGGCACUUGGGCUGGUGUGAGCACCAUUACAGAUCUCCCAUGUAGGUCUUUGUCUAUUCCAUGGCCAAACUCCGAGUAUGCCCUGGGCAGAGUUCAAAUGCUCCAACUCUGGUUUGGGCCUUUCCAACUGGAAUGGCCUCGCAGUCCAACAUGGCCUCGAGCGGCAGAAGCAACCGAAACCAUGCUCCAACACAUCACACAAGAACUGGUGCUUUCCAGAACAGGACCCAGGUUCAUUGUCGGAGACUUCAACUGCAAAUCACAUGAUUCGCCUAGCAUGAUGCUCUGGAAGUCACAAGGAUGGGUAGAUGUUCAGGAGUGGGCUUUUCAAAAACAUGGGCGUUCUCAUACCUUGACGAGUAAGAACGCAAACAUCCUUGACUACAUCUUUCUCUCACCUGAGCUUGCACAGUAUCUCACAUGCGUUGAUGCGUGGACCCUUUUUGCUGACCAUACUACAAUUGGGGCAUGCUUGAAUCUUCCGGUGCGACAAGUUGAACAGCAAGUUUGGCAGAUGCCAGCUUACAUUCCCUAUGACAAGGUGGAUAUGAAACUCUGGCAUGGAACUGCAAACUGUCCCCUACACAAUCCUGUGCUGUCACCUGAUGAAGCGUUUCGGGUUUUCAGUCAUGCGUUUGAGGAUAGUUUUGGAGGAGUGAUCGAUGCACCGGGAACAGUUUUGCCACCUUCGUGCAAGGGAAGAGGUCAAAGAACCGCGCCGGAGAAAAGACCACCGCAGUGUCCUAUUUUGAAACCUUCGCGUCCAAGUGAGGUACAACAAUCAUCAUGUUUCUUGGGAAGAACAGUGCGCAAAUGGUUCAUGCAACUUCGUCGCAUGCAGUCCAUGCUUUGA